AUGAAAUACUCAUUCCUUUUCGCUGCUGUCGCAGCUGUUCAGCCGACCGUCUAUGCCAUGCCGGCCGGGUCCGACAGCAAUACCGCUGCCGGCUCCGCCUUGCCGCCGGUGCCGGCUCCGGUCCAGGCGGAGCAAGUCGCCACGGAGGUGGCCGAGAACCUGGAGAAAGUUGGUCUUUCCCAGGACGUUGCCGAGCAGAUUUCACAGGAAGCCGCCAAGGACCUUGGGAAAGGCGACGAGGUGAAAAUGGACGACGUCGUCAAGGCCAUCGGUGACGUCGGCAAGGCUGCCGCCGACGCCGCCAACAGCAACGCGACCCAAGUCGCCGUCAUUAUCUCUGCCAUCAAGGGAGUGACCGAUGUUACUCUGCAGAAUGACACUGCCUCUACCGCUGCCAUCGCCGCCGCCGCCGCCGCCGCCGCCGCCGGAGAGUCCAAGGAAAAUGUUCGAAGCAUCGCCGAGUCUGCCAUGAGCAGUGUCAAUGAGGCCGCCGGCAAUGAUUCCGAGACCCUUCAGCCUCUUUCCAAGCGACAAUUUCAAGCCUUUAAUCCCUCGCGCGCUUGUUCAACCGAUAUAUGCAGGGCUUGCGUUCCAUUCGCCUACGACCUGGCGUUUCGAAACUACAAUCUUCAGUUUAUCAGCUCCUCCGUUUCAGCCGCCCUGUACUUGUUUCCUUUCCUUUCCAUUCAGCUGUUCACGACUUAUACUUGGGAAAUCGGGAACCUCGACCCUCAAUCUGCUGCUGAAGACGUCGAGUAUAUCGUGGUUAAAACGACUCGGAACUUGGCGGGCCAGAAUCAGAUGGAAAGGGGCCUUGCGAAAACUGUUUCCAGUUUUAUCGGUCAGGCGGCCGAGUCGAGCAACAACAUCCCCAUGGCUCAGCCUGCUGCACCCCAGGCCGCCCAACGGCCCAAGGAGGUGCCCAGUGAGUCGGGACCCAAGGAUGGCAGCAUUAGCACCGGCACCAAGCCCAGCAUUGCGCCCGGCGAGAAACCCUCAGGCGCUGCUUUGCAAGGGAGCCCCGAAAGCAACACGGACGAUGCCGUCGUUGCGCCCGGGGACGGCGACGCGAGGCAGCAAAGCCCUCCCGCCCGGGAGGAGAGCGACGUGCCAGAGCCAGAUGAAGACUGCGGUGAGCAAGCGGCUGGUCCCCCGCCAAACCAGGUUGGAGGAUCCGAGGGCUCCGUGGGUUCCGUGGCCCCGGUCGACGUCCAAAACACGGCGCCAAAGGAGGUCUCCCAGCCGUCCAAGGAUAAAGGCUCCGCGUUGGAGCAGGGCCCAGGACAGCCCGAGUCGGCCCCAGAGAAUCAGCAGAAGCCCCGCACUCACGACCAGUGUUCCCAGCUCUAUGCUGAUCCAAAGGAUUCAAAGAACUAUAUAAUAUGUCGUCUCCAGCUCCCCAAAGACUCUUCCGGUCAUAAGUCUACUUGUUUCGAUCGUGCUUUUGAUUCGCGGGGUUACUGCGAGAACCUUAACGAAGCCAAUCAGACGUGUGGAGAUCGCGCCAGUCGUACUUAUCAGCAGUGCGACGAAGGGCGAUGGGGGACCGAAGAGGACGACUUUACCGAAGAACUGGCAGAGAUUUAUAAAGCUCUCUCUCAGUGCCUUCCAGACGCCGAAAAAAAGUUCAACAGUUGCCUGGAUUCACAAAUAAUUAGUGAGACUUGCUACUUUAACACGGUCGCGCACGUCUAUCACCCGUGCAUGAUGCGGAAUACGAACUUGGGUGUCCAGAAGGAGGCGCAGCAAGGGUGCUACAAAAAAGCUCAAGAUGUGUUCAUUGACUGCUGGAAGACGGAACAAACCUCUCGGUUGUUCUAUUCAUGCAAUAUUGAGGCUUUGCGGGUCUUUCGGCAAGAGUGCCCCAAGCAAGGGGCGGGUCCCACGCCAAACCAGGUUACAGAAUCCGUGGCCCAGGUCGGCAGCCAGAAUACCGCGCCGCCGGAGGAAGCCCUUCAUACGGUGGCACAUUAG